AAAAAGCGAGAGGCAAGGAAGUGAUGAAGUACGUCCGGGUCAGAGUCGCUUAUAUAACCAGCGUCUUUGCAGUGGCAGUUCCUGCUUAUUCUCACAACACGUGGCAACAACAGACUGACAGCGACAACCACUACACAACCAGAGACCUGAAAGCAGAGUAAGGCCGUCGUGCCUGCGUGUGUCCUCCCACCUCACCGGUAACUACCUGUUACCUGAACCAAGAAGGCCGGCCACCAAAGAUGACAGGUGUACAGCGAGCAUUACUGGUCCUAAUGAUGGGCCUGACUGUCUUGUUGCACCCGGCAAGAGGUCAGGUCAGACUGUGUGACAACCUCAUACCCGGGGUCAGCAUACAGUCCCGCGGAGUUGACGUCACCAUGCUCGACCUCACGCCUCUCGACUUCACAGGUGCCGAUGGCUACCGCAGCCCCAUCAUCCUCUUCACCUGCAAUGAGCGGAAGACAUUUGCACACAACGGGGUGCAGUAUGACUUCCCAGACCAGGUGUGGCACGUAAAUCGUGUUCCAGGAGGCUGGCUUUCGUCAGAGGUCAAGAUUUUUAAGGACUACAAGGAGGUCAAGCGAACCAUGUCGUCUGACGUCAGUGGCGGCAUCACGCUGGAGAAGUUCGCCUUCUCGGCCAGCUCUUCCUACUCCCGCAUGCAGCACACCAUUACCAACACGUCCAAAUUCAUCGAGCAGGUCUCAUCAUUUGACUCGGCCACCAGGACUGAUCUCGUGCCCUUCUGGGUCCUGGAGCUGGGCGCCAUCGUUCAAGGCUUUGUGGACAACCGCCUGCCGGCCAAUUAUUCACAAAACCCCGCCGCCUACAAGCUGUUCAUCCAGUAUUUCGGCACUCAUUACUUCCAGAGUGCCAAGUUUGGCGGCCUGAUCAAACUGGUUCUCGAGACGAGCUCCGAAUACUUCCAGAAUAACAACGACAACAGGGUCCAGCAACAGGCUGAAGCUUCUUUCAUGAACCUUCUGAAGGCCAAAGGCGGCUACUCAGGCUCUGUCGCUACAGUUGACCAGCGGUUUGAAGAGCUGACGACAAAAUCGACACGGUACUAUGGCGGCAACACCAACCUGUUGUCAUCCAGCGGAAUCGUGCAGUGGCAAGCUACAGUGGGGCAGCCAUGGCUGUUUUCAGGAGAACUGGCGUCAUCAGGCGAGCUGAUGGACGCCGACAAGAAGGCUUCAAUGGAGAUCGCCGUCAACUCCUAGCAUAAUCCUACGAUCCAUCUGGACGGCUUGCUGCGCCUGCUGAAUGCCCGGAGAGAGAGCUGGGCCGCCGGCCUGUCCACUCUCAACUCGCUGGUCACCAGGGUACAGGCCAUGAAGAGCAUGGACUUGCUGGAUCAAACCGCUGUAGAGGCGCUGGGGAUGGAAGUGGAUGAGCAGGUGACUAUACCCGCAUGGUUUACACAAAGGACGCAGCUGUGUUACCAGUGGUACCCAGAUGGUGACGGGGGACAAUGCGGAGGAGGCGCUGACCGUCUGCUGUGCGCGGCACCGGGUAAGAUGACGUCAUAUUACCGUGACGACACAGACCGGCGACCCGGCGGGUGCCAGAUGCAGUGGGGCGUGAUGACGUCUCGUGGGGCAGACUGGUUCAGACAAGUGCAGGUGAGGACACGGGUGGCUUGCUGUUUUCUGACAAUAAAUGCUAUGAUGCCAUCCUAUGUGAUUCGGCAGGACAGUUCUCACAUUAAUUACCGAGGUUAUUGA